AUGCCUGCAGAUCUGGUACGAACCUGCCAAGAGGAGAAGGUGCCAGAGCCUUACCUAAGACGAAAGAUGGUCAAACUCCUGGGAGAAGCAAUCGCAGUGCAUGAUCCGAAACCCAAAAUCAAAGAAGUAAGCAAGAUUGCCUCCCUGGUUGUGGCAAGAUACCCACACUCCUUUGCUGACGUGAUGUCGACAGGAAAUAUUAUUGGUGACGGUACGUCAUCUUUAACACGACAACUUGCUGUAUACAUGGAUAACAGGCGUCGGCCACACAAUGCUGCAAAACGAGGGCCGGGAAGAACUGAAGAUGACGAACCAGAAGCGACAUUAUCUAAGCAAGGCAGACAAACAGACUCCCACGGUUGCGUGGCAUGGGAGCCAGACUGUGCGCCAUACACGUGGGACGAUCUAGAGGUAAUGAGGCAGCAGCUGUGCAAAGCCACCAAUUUAGAGGAGAUCUCCUCUACUAUGAAGAAAACCUACGCACUGCAGAGGAGGCACAUCAACUCCAUGCAGCAAACACUCCUUGAAAUUGCGGAGUCUUGGCCUCACCUCUUCAAAGAGCCACACUUCUUCGUUCAUGUUGAUACACUCCUUGGGUUUUCCUACCACACUGCCUUCACCACUGAGCUGACGUCGAAAGGAAAUCAGCUCUUUGAUGUCAUGUGGAGAGCAUGGAAGCCUCAGUCAAGGUCCCUCCUCCAGACAAUCCAGAAAACUUUGGACUGCAAUGGACAAGCGCCACCACGCUACACCUUUGUUCUUCAGCUCCUGACUACCUACUUCGACGAGAAUCCAGAGGCUCUCAUCUCAUUUCACCCGCACUCAACAGCUGCCAGUGUUCUUGGCUCCUGCCCAGAUACACCUCACCUUGCGGUCCUUGGUUCUACGCUUCUGGAUGACCCUCUCCAGAUUGCGCUGGUUGUUGACAGGGUGCUUGUGUUUGAGGCAAGCAGUCUCGAGGUCGCUCUCUGCUCGCUCCUGGGAGCGUAUUUCGUCUUCAACAUCAAGUACCCAAAGGAGGCCUCGUACACGCUGGAGUUCCUUCAGAGGCAUUUUGGCCAGAUAAACCCAUCUAAAGGUAGCAAGUCCAGCUCCCGUGGUCACAACAAGGUCAAUGGAAUCCCAGCCAGAAUUCUAGGCCUGCUGAACAAGAUUCGUUCACUCUAA